AUGGAUUGUAAGAAGGAAGGAGCACUCCGUAGAGGUCCAUGGCUCGAAGAAGAAGAUGCACGGCUAGUGAAGUUCGUUACCCUUAUGGGAGAGCAUCGUUGGGAUUCUUUAGCAAGAGUUUCCGGCUUGAAGAGGAAUGGUAAGAGUUGCAGGCUAAGGUGGAUUAACUAUCUGAAUCCAAGUUUGAAGCGUGGACCGAUGAGCAAAGAAGAAGAAAUAAUCAUUUUUCAGCUCCAUGCUCUCUGGGGUAACAAGUGGUCAAAAAUUGCAAGGAGAUUACCUGGUAGGACUGAUAAUGAGAUUAAGAACUACUGGAGGACUCAUUUAAGAAAGAAAGUGGAAGCUCAAAACAAUGAUAAGAUCAUUGACUGGAGAGGAAAUAAAGGAGAAGAAAUGCUGCGCAAGUAUAAGGAAAGUGAGAUUACAUGGACAAGGACGACGACUCGAGAACAUGGUUUUGAAGAAACUGUGAAAGAGGAUAAGCAGAUAAACAUGGAGAGUGACAAAGAAACCAAUGGUCUUAUUUGUGAAAGAGAGCACUUCGGUGUUAUGAAUUCACCAUAUGAAAACCGGAUUUUCGACUGGAUAUUCAAAACUUCUAUAGACCAAAGUGACGCAAAUAUUUUAGAAGACCAUAGCAGCAGUAGCAGUGACAACAGUAUUAAUAGUAACGAUGGUUCUUGGUGGUUUCAAGAGACGAUUGAUUUUGAAGAGUUCCCAUGCUCUCUAUGGUCAUAA